CAACAAACAAAAAACCUUAUGAAAUUUACACAGAGAAUGAUGACUUGUUACAAGAGUCUAAACUUACUAUUAACUGUUAACAUCAUUACGGCAUACCAACAAAGUACUGUGCCAGUGAGUGCACUUCAAGUUUUAGGAAACUCAUGGGUAUGGCUGCUGUCUCUAGAUACUGAAGGAGGAAAGAAACAAGCUUAGACUUUAUAUUGCAAUGUCACACCUGGCACUAGAAAGCUUUGUUGCAGAGAUCCUGGCUGUUUAUGACACUGAAAGAGGCUGGGCUUGAGAAGUUCUUCUUUCCUAGGGAUUCUAAAUACUGUUGUACUAGCACAUAUUCUCUUCAUCUAGGUUGACCUAAGUCAUUCCUUAUCUCCCAGUACUUAUAUAUAGGCACCCACUCUUGGAAGUCUCUUCUUUCUUUCCACUGCAAACCAGAAGGCAAGAUCUGCCACCUGGCAUAGUCUGUUUGACAUAUUCCACCUUCCUGCUCCUAUUUUUAUUUUUAAACUGUUUAAGGUAGGGCACUUGCACAUUAUACUGUUUUGCCUCUCAGUCAUGUCCCCAACUACCCCCUAAUGAUUUAUGAAUGCACUAAACUAAUUUCAACUUAAUGUGACAAUUGAGUAAAAAUGCAGAGAUUGAGUUUGGUUAAAAUUGUUGUGUUCAUACAGGGAAGAGAUAUCAAAAGGACCUCCAUCUAGUGAACACAAAUUUUUCCGGUCUUUAUGUAUCAUAAAACUGACAUGCAGGAGAACCAUAGAAAACAUUGUUGCGAAAACAUUGUUGCAUUUGUUCCACUGCCCACUGAAUUAUUUGUUGUAUCUUACUCCCUGGAGAGAAAAGAUAGGGUAACUAUGGGUUUAAACCUGAGAAUACGAACAUGUAACACUCUUCUGAGAUGGUGAAAGAUUCAAUCAUGAUGCAUGGUCCAUAUGUUGUCAGAGUGAUUUUUGUGAGGAAAUGCUUAUUAAUUAGUGGAAGCUGCACAUCAAAACAAUCUACAAUUCAGCAUAUUUAUGUUACAUAGCAGCUUCCAAGAGUCCAUCAAUGGUUUGUGUACAAAUUUUUGUAUUAUACUAAAUUGUUGCUCUCCAGAAAACUCUGCUUUACAGGUUCUACUAGUAAAAUCUUUCUCCUGUGCACUGAGGACAGCUGAAGUGACAUAUCACUAUAUCACAUGAACACAUAGACGAAGUAUACACUGGGACAAUGGAAAGACCACUUGAGGCUACCAGGAUGGAAAAGAACACCGCUUCCUGCUUUCUCAUGAAAAGAAAGACACGUGUCAAGAUUAAUAGGAAAGAAAUUAUGCUAGCUAAGCUGAGGAAGAGCUGCUCCUGCAGCCCAAAGAAGCUGAAGAACUUUGUCAUGGACUUCCUUCCUGUUUUGCGAUGGCUUCCCAAGUACCAGUACAAAGAGUACAUUUGGGGGGAUGUUAUGUCUGGGUUAGUGAUUGGGAUCAUUUUGGUACCCCAAGCAAUCGCAUACUCACUGCUAGCUGGUCUGAAGCCCAUUUAUAGUCUUUACACAUCAUUCUUUGCCAACAUCAUCUACUUCUUAAUGGGCACAUCCCGUCAUGUCUCAGUUGGCAUUUUCAGCUUGAUCAGCUUAAUGGUAGGACAAGUUGUAGACCGAGAACUUCUCUUGGCUGGGUUUGACUUGAAUGAUGAUGCCCCACCAGCCUUGGGUGAUGGCUCUCUGCAGAAUGACAGUCAGUCCAACACAACUGCCUUCAACCUUACAGUUGCAGGGAUGAAUGCUGAGUGUGGGAAGGAAUGCUAUGCUAUUGGCAUUGCUACAGCCUUGACAUUUGUGGCUGGAGUGUAUCAGGUGCUAAUGGGAAUCUUUCGUCUGGGUUUUGUAUCUAUGUACCUAUCUGAGUCUGUACUAGAUGGCUUUGCAACUGGUGCUUCCUUAACCAUUUUAACAGCUCAAGUGAAGUAUCUGAUUGGAAUAAAAAUCCCACGUAGCCAAGGGCAUGGGAUGCUUGUUAUUACCUGGAUUAACAUUUUCCGGAACAUUUCUCAGGCUAACCUUUGUGAUGUCAUCACAAGUGUCAUUUGUAUUGUAGUGCUGGUCACUGCUAAGGAACUGGGAGAUCGGUAUAAGCAUAAGCUGAAAUUUCCUCUUCCCACAGAGCUGGUAGUUAUUGUUGUUGCAACACUGGUGUCACACUAUGGGAAGUUAAAUGAAGUAUAUGGAUCCAGUGUUUCUGGAGCUAUUCCAACAGGAUUUAUUCCCCCCAAGGUACCACAUUUCAGCUUAAUGCUCCGAGUUGCAGUAGAUGCUUUGCCUCUUGCCGUAGUCAGCUUUGUCUUCACUGUAUCCCUUUCUGAAAUGUGUGCAAAGAAAUACGCUUACACCAUCCGAGCCAAUCAGGAAAUGUUUGCUGUGGGGUUCUGCAACAUCAUUCCUUCUUUCUUCCACUCUUUUGCAACCAGUGCAGCUCUGGCAAAAACACUCGUCAAAACAUCUACAGGCUGCCAGACUCAAGUCUCUGGAGUAGUUAGUGCAAUGGUGGUUUUGCUGGUGCUGCUGUUCUUGGCACCUCUCUUCUACUCCUUGCAGAAGUGUGUCCUGGCAUGUAUCAUCAUUGUCAGCCUCCGAGGAGCCCUGAGGAAGUUCCAAGAUGUGCCAGCACGGUACCAUGUGAAUAAGGUGGACACAAUUGUUUGGGUCAUUACCAUGACUGCCUCUGCCUUGAUCAGCACAGAAAUAGGACUGUUGGUUGGCAUUGUUUUCUCCAUGCUAUGCAUCAUCGUUCGGACACAGCGGCCACGGACAGCACUGCUUGGCCAGAUCCAAGACACCAGCUUUUAUGAGGAUGAAUUAGAAUAUGAAAAUCUCUCUUCUGUUCCAAAUGUCAAAAUAUUCCGUUUUGAGGCCCCACUUUACUAUGCAAAUAGAAACUACUUCUUAAAGUCUCUGUACAGAUUGACUAACUUAGACCCUAACCUAGAAGCUGCUAGAAGGAAAAAAUAUGAGAAGAAGGAAAAGCAGCAUCUGAAAAAGGGAGAUCACACAACUGCUAACGGACUAGACAUCAGAGAAACCACUCUGCAACUAGUUCCUAAGCAAACUGAUUUCCAAACCCUUGUUGUAGAUUGCUCUUCCAUCUCAUUUUUGGACACCACUGGAGUUAAUACUCUAAAAGAAAUCCUGAAAGACUACAAGGACUUAAACAUUUCUGUUCUCCUGGCUUGCUGCAAUCCCUCAGUCAUAGACUCCCUGAAAAGAGGAGGCUACUUUGGGAAAGAUUUUGGAAGCAUUCAGGAAAUGCUUUUCUACAGUAUAGAUAAUGCUGUGCAGUUUGCAAAAGACCAAAAGCUUCCAGCAGACUGCUCAGUUUAAUCCUGUGUCUUCCUUAACAAUUCAACACAAAAGUGACAGAUGGGGAGGCAGUCUGCAAUAAUUAAUUUAUCAGACACACUGUUGGCUGUGUACAGCAAUCGCCCUAUAAGCCAUUCUCCCCUGAAGAGCUCUGUUGUUUCAGUCACUGGAGAUGCAGUUCAGGACUAGGAUGGAACAGGCUUAUUACCUGCACCUUCACUUUAAAAUGAAAAUGAUGUGCAAUGGGGCAGUUUGGGAUUGACUUACACCUUGUGCCGUGAUCACGAGUGACCCAAUAUAUACAUCAUAAGAAUGUUGUGCUGGAAGGUCUGCUCAGUGUCAGCUGAAUCUUCCACUGGUUUAAUGGCUGGUUUGUGUCAAGAAGGCUAAGCCAUAUCCAUGAAAAUGCAGUCAGUCUAGCAUUUUGGACACAGAAUUGUUUAAACUCUGGAUUGCAAGGGCCUGACCUUUCCAUCAUUCUAGGUGCACUUCUAAACAACUCCCACUAUUUCUAUACAAACAAAAUGUAUAAAAUAUUGUGGAAUGGAGCAUGUCUCUCUACCCUGAUUACAUAGGCUUAAUGACAUAACCUGCCACAGGAGAAGAAAGCAUGAUCCAUCACAGGAUCCUCUCAAAACCAUCAUUUCCAAAAAUUGCUGCUGGAGUCACUUGUGUUAUUGGCUUCAAUCUGUGGUAAUUAGUUACUGAAGUUUGAGAUAACCUUAAUGACGGUGGAAGAAAUAUGACUCUGAUGCACAAUUUUGUAACUAGUAAGAAGAUAAACAAGAUUAAGAAAAAUGAAUGCCUUUAUCUGGCAGUCACACAGUUACCCAGGUAGCUGUACCAUCCUGUAAAAAUAAAUUGCCUCUGGCAGGCAGAUGCAGCUCCAAUUCAGGGACACAUAAGGGCCAUCAAAAAAAAAAACCUCUGAACUGUGAUGCAGCACAGCAUGUUCUUCCUACAACUGCCUGCCUGGAUACAAAGAGAAACAGGAGAAGAGAGGGUAGGGUAGGAAGUUUAAAUCUGUGGUGUGCCUAGAAAGGAACUGAUAGGUCAGUCAGAACUGCCUGGCUGGUCUUCUCUGAUGCAAUGCUAAUGAAGCUCUAGAGUAGCAUACCUGGGUCAAGUGAAGGGAGCAACUCUUUGUAAGUAGUGUACCACCAUAUGCUGGAAAAAUUCCACCACUGUUUGCACAUACUACAGACACUUUUGGGGAUUUUUUUGAUUAUGUCAUUCUUUGAUUUGAGGUCCUCUAAACCAUGUUUUCCAGAGCUGUGUUACUUUCUAUAAUAAUUUGCAUUAACUGCUGUUCAUUCUGCAUAGUGUCAAAUGAUACUCCCAGAGCAAUUUGUGUUGUUAUAUAUGCAUGUUCUCUCUUUACAAAUAAACAUAGACUUAGAUUGUAACAUAGUUAGUACUUAGUGUUCUGGCCCAUGGUACUGGCAGAAUAUCCUCUCUCAUACCCAAGCUUAUCAUUACCUUCACAAAAUGUAGGACAGCUGCCCUAUCUUUCUCUCCUUAUUCAUGGCUGGUUCACACACAGCACCAAGCACUAAAGAAAAUUCCAUCACAGCUGUGCCUCAUUAGUAGCCAACUAGCUGUUACAAUUAGUAGACUCUAGAAAUAGGUUCCACAUAUACAGAAGCGUGACCAUAAAAAAUAAAAAAGUCCAGUUAACAAAUCAUGUGACUUGCUUAUUUCAACUUUUCAGGUCACUGAAUGAAAGAACAUUCACACUGAGGUUCUCCAGGUGCCCCAGAGCCUAUUUGACUCUCAAGAACAAAUAUUUUGUUAAAGGAAAAGCAGUACAUUCCCAAAAGACAAAAUAAAAGAUGUCUUCAGUGGGAUUGUGAAUAGCACAAUAUUAGGUAAGUGAUUCAGUGCUGACAUUUUCAUGCACUCAUUAUAAAAAAGCAUGUCAGCUGCACACUGUGAGUACUGCCUGAGCAGUAAAACCUGACAGAAAUGUCUGUCAAGAGAUUAAAGGAUUGACCGUUGGCAGCAUUUUCCUGCCAUAAAACAAUUUAAUUACAUUAUUCUUUAAAUUGCUGAUUUGGCAUGACUAGCUUCUUUCUGUCAUAAAAACAAAUGGGCAGAGCCCAAGGACAAAGUAUUGCCUUGCAUCCGCUUUUUCUUUGUAACCAUUCUUUGACCAGAGAAUACCUUUUUUAAGGUCCUGCCAGGGCCUAGCAUGAGGAAGUGGGUUUAGAGGAGUUACUGACAGACAAUAUCAAUAUAAACACUCUUAGGCUGUUAUACUAACACAAGCUGUUGGAAGCCAAAUAAAAUUGCUUCAGUACAAAAGAACAUACAUCCUAGCAAUCCAGACUUCUUUUAUAUUUAUGGGUCAAGCUACUAGCCUAGAAUAUUAAGGAAAAAAUGCAAAAUACCCCUAGCUCUAGAUGAAUCUCAUUUUAAAAUAAAAAGAAAGAGAGAGUCCAGUGGAAAGUGUAUCCUUGCAAUAGUCUCUGGAGAAAAAUGAAGAGAGGCUGACCUUCUCUUAUUCACCAGGUUGAGAAACUAAGAGUCAGAAGUAUCUUUUUAAACAUAUUUAUCAUAAGAAUGGCACUAAAAGAUACCUAAGCAAAGAAACUUGGCUAUGCAUAAGAGGUGAGGUAAGCUUUAAGACUUUUACUAGGAAGAAACUAUUGACCAGAAGAAAACAUAAAACCAAUUUUCUGUUUCAGUUUCAUUGGCAGAGCUGGCUCACAAUCAAGUUGUUAUGUUGGACAAUGUCAGACACAGCAGGGAAACAGCUUUCAGUGCUAUAAUGUAAGAAUGCUGGGAGACUGUAAAUUAUUUCUAAGGAAACUAAAAAAGUGAGCCUUUUUCUGGCACAUUUAUGUUUGCUAUACUGUGUUACACCAAGAUUAAGGGUACAAAGACUGAAAAUGUUAAAAACUGCUGAUUCUCUCCUAUUCUAGGUAUAGGAAUUAGGUACCAUGACUUGGAGAGGAGCUGGGGAUAGGCUUGUAAUUCCAACUGUGUUAAUACUAAUGUUGAAAUAAAAUCAUUAUAUGCCUUUUAGGAAAUGUUAUAUCCAUCAUGUAGAUUGACUAUAUUUUUGUUCACUGUGUUGCCUUGUAUAGAUCAUUUAUCCAACAAACUUUAGUACUGCUACAUAAGAAUAGGAAAGGGAUCUUAACUUGUAGACUGCAUUGGUCCCAUGGAGGUGGGCAAAGAGUUGGGAAUCAUCACCUCAAACCCUCCUGUUGACUAGUACAGCAUGGGCAGAAUGCGUAGUCUAGGUGUCAAAAUGGAUGUAUUUAUUGACACUGGUAAUUAACAAUCAGGGAACUGUCCAGUCCAUGAAAGACAUGUUGGGUUCCCCCGUAACCAUGAAUAUUCCUGUGUCACAUGAUCUAGAGACAAAUAUGUGAUUUUCAUUGAAAAUAAAACUAACAAUUCUUUGAAAA